GCAGCGAUCUUACAACAAACUUCCCAAUAUAUAUACGAACUAGAAAAUCAGAAAACACAACUUUUGAACCAAAAUAGUCAAUUAAAGCGACAGCUUGGUUUACAUGAGUCAAAUACGGCGGGUGCGUCAUCUGGGGCCGGAGAAGUGUCUACCCCUGGCAGUAGUGAAACAUUGAACAGUGGUAAUGUUGCCAUAAAAAAGCGCAAACUCACUGAUAACAUAAUAAACCUUCAGACGAUAAGUGACUCUUCCGAUGAAGGUUUGGGUUCAAUGUCACCAGAACCAACUACACUUCUGAAUGCAGGUGGUGGUAAUGUCAAUGCGAAGAGUCAAGUGAUUAUUGCACAUAAUGUUGCCACCUCCAAAGAACUAAGCGAAAUGAAAAAGCAACUGGAAAAAGAACGUCGAAUGCGCACCAUGUUAGAGGAAGAACUGCAAAUGAUAAAGCGGCAAUUAUAUUCAGUGGCAACAGCGCCUGCAGCUUCCACAUCCACAUACAUUCCACGUGAAGUAAUCGAGCACACAGACAAUUUGGUACGCGAAUCUAUAGAGGAACUGCCAUCUGGAGCCGUGUCGUACGUUGAAAUUGAUGAAAUGACCGGUCAACGGCAGGUUGUUGUUUGUUCGAGUAUUGAAGAGUUGGAGAGCGAGGCUGCAGCUGCAGCAGCAGAAAUUAUCACUGAAGACAAUGUACAGGAAGAGGUUAUCCUUUCAUCGACUUCAUCCACCGAAUCUGAACAAGAAGUUAAUGCGAUUGCCAAGGCUUAUGCUGAGGGUUCGUCACCGUCAGCAGCUGUUCUUCAGCCAAUACUUCAGGCUGCCAUCAAGGCAACGCCAAAAGUGGAAGUGGAACGUAUACAGGAGAUAAUUAAAGUAAAAACAGAGAAAAUUGACCAACCAAGUGGUUUAACACGUUCGAGGCAAAAUCUAGAAACUAUUGUCGAGGCAAUAAGACAUCUUGAAGGUGAUCAUUUAUUUGCUGACGGUAGUGAACAAAAGUUACAACAAAAUCAGCAAAAUCAAAGAGCACAGGAAGCUCCUCUGGCGCUGACAACAAAAGUUCAAAGAGCCACGUUGGCAGAAUUGAGUCCUUACCUGCAAAUUAAAGGCAGUAAACAAGUAACUAUUGUGCAGCAACCAAAUCAACAAAAAGAGAGUGGUGGAAAUAUCAUGCCCACCGCCAUUUACAAAGUGCAAACAACGGCAGCGGGAGCGAGUAAUAUAGGCACAGGCCAAGGUGCUCAACAGGUAACAAUCACAACGACGGCAUUAAAGCAGGUCCGGCCAGGUGUCAUUGUUGCCAAGCAGCUGUCUUGAUUGCAUUCAACAGCAAAAGCGUCUCAGACCGCUAAUACAAAAACUAGAGUUAUAGAAGUGAAUGGAAGUUCAGCUAACGCGUCACGAGAGGCAGGAGAUUUAGCAGUGUCCAAUGCAGUAGCAACUGAUGGUUUCCUGAGGAAAAAUUUAUUUAAAGAAAAAAGGUCACAAUUGGAAUCGUCGGCGAAGGUUGCAACCAAUCUAGUCACCAGACUAGUGGGACUGAGCGUUAGACGGAAACUAUUAAAUCAAAAGUCCAAAAUCGUUGCAAAUGAAAACUUGACCAAACCUUUAAAAAUAAAUUUAACAGUUGAUAAAAAAUUCGCCAGCAACAAAUAUAUCCAUAACACUGCUAAGAUAAUUUCACAUCCAUUAAAACCGGAAUCUUUAGAAAAAUGUACAAAGACUGCUCAUAAUACCAAAAUUGCCAUUGCACCAACAAAGGCUACAAAUAAACUCUCCACUAUUCAUGUUUUGCCAACAGCUGGUCCAGCGGCAAAAUCUGGAAAAUGUAUUCGUUAUUUAACCUCUUCAAAUGGGAACUCUGCUGCUGUCAAUGUAAAAGCAACUGCAACUACUCCUACACUAAUUACAAAUGCUACUAAUGCUACUACUACUACUUUAAAUAUAAAAUAGUAAUAGAAUAAUAAUUGUAAUAGUAAUAUUAGUUCUUGUAAUAUUUGACUUAAGGUGAUGAAACGUCAGCAAGCAAAAUCUUAUUGCUACCAAAAUUGCUAAUGGUAAUAAAUGCUAAAAAACUACAAAAAUUCAUAAAUAAUAUACGAGUAAAUGCAUAUGCAAGAACAAAUACCUACCCAAAAUCUAACAAAGAUACAGGGAAUAAAAGAAAUUGAUUAGUCGUUCGUGCGAAACGUUUUAUUAGUCAAUAAACAUAAUUAUAUAUUAUAAAGAACAAUAUUAAUGAAGGAUAUAUUAAUACUUAUAAGCAUAUGUAUGUACAUAUAUACCUUUAUAACUACAUACAUAGUACUAUUCGAACGAAAAACAAAAUAUUAGUUUAUUGUGUUUGAAUUUAAACCAAACUUAAAUUAUACUUCGCUUAGCUAUGUAUAGUCACGAAUCGCGAUUGAUUUCCUAAUAACAUUCAAAACAAACUUCAACAUGAAUGCCAUCGUAAUUUCCUUCUGAAACGUUCAAUCGCAGCAUUUCAAUGCUUGCAGCUACUUUACGUCUUUUCAUGCAUUCAUAAUUUGUCAACGAAAUUCGUCUGCCAGAUCUUUAAUGUAGUUUAUGCAAAUAGACUUUCAAUGUUUCACAAUACAUAAUGUAUAUAUUUGUUUUAAGUGAAUUUAUCGACAAAUUUAAGACUUUUAUAAAUGAAGGUUGUUCGCAGAAGUUAAACUAAGUUUAAUUUCAUAUUAUGACAGCCUUAUUAGAGAUUUGUUAGAUGUCAUAUGACUUUAUAAACUUGUUUAGGGUAAAAUUUAACUCAGAAAAUAUGACUUAGAAAAAUUUGUAUUUAGAUAAAUUAUUAUAUCAACAAUUCAAAAAUUUCUAAUGUAAUAUGUGGGUGUGUGAGUAAUGAAAUUUAAGAAAUUGAUCGAAAAAUUUCACAAUUACGUAUUACAUAGUGAUUUUUAAAAAUAAAGAAUGAGUUAAAAUGAAACACAUUUUUAGUUAAAUUUUGGUGAUGGUUUUGGGCUUACAAUUUCUUCAUUACUUAUACAAUAGCAUUGCUUAUGAAAAAUAAUGGAAAUCAAAUCAAAUAUGUAUUCGGAUUUACAAUCUUUGUUGUGUUGUGACGAAGCCUUUAGAAAGUCUCUUUGUGUCAACUACAUACCACUAGCAACUACACCAUUUAAAAGUACACACCAAAUCGAUUCAUUUUGACUGUAUCUUACAUAAUACAAGCAAUAAACAAUAAUGACUAAAUACAAAUUAUAUUAAAGUACAAAAAAUAGCUACAUAUGUAUACAAAAUGAAUAGCAUUUGCAUUCACGAUACGUUAAAUUGACAGUUUUGUUCAAAAAACCUUUUAUUUAAAUUAUAUUGAAGGUAUAAAGGCCACAACUGAUCAUUUUAUAACCAUAUGGUGGGUGUACACAUAAAAAAUAUGCUAUUGAUUUUAUGAUACAAAAUCUUAAUUUAGUAGUAAGCGCUCAGUACCAUCGCAUUAGUUAAGUUACCGCAUGUGUGUAUCCGCUUCAAUCUAAUACCCGACGUAUAAAGUUUACAACUAGUUAUUGUAAAAUCUUAUGACAAAAGAAAUUUCGUCGAUAAUAGUAAUUAUUUAACUGAUAGUUACCCUAGCUGCAUCCUUGCUUCACCUUGGUUUGACCAUUCAAAAUGUCCUUUGAAAUACAAAUACGGAACCAUUAUCAGAGGAUACAAAAUAGAAACUAAUAUACAUAAAGAUGUUAGACAUUGCAAAAUGUGAAAGGAUAUGUAGAGAUAAAUGUUAUAUAUGCCUUUAAAUUUAAGCUAAUUGAUUUUCGUUUAUCUUUAUGUUUUGUUGACUGUUUGUAUGAAAAUAAUUAUCAAAAUUUAAAAGCAAACAUAAAAGUAAUGUGCGUAUGGAUAUAUAUUUCUUCCUAUACAAAAAGAAGUAUAUACAAGCAUACAUAUUAUAUAGGGUUUAUGUAAGAUUUAUGUGUGUAAUUUUAUGCUAAUUUUUUAGCUUGAAGCGAAAGUAUGAAAAAUAAAUGAAUUAUUUUAUUUUCUUCACACGUAUAUUUUUUUAUCCAUUUUGUGUGCCUACAAAAACAAGAGAACUUUAUUUCAAUUUUAUUUAAGGAAUUAAAUAAAUACUUUUUGAAAAUUA